CUAGUCGCGGGAGAGCCGAGUAGAAUGCAGGUCCACCCGCUCUAAUAGACCUGAUAGCAAAACCCGAAACAAACACUCGUGGACAUUUCAUAUCAGAUCGACGGGAAUCCAAGGCGUCUGGUAACCUGAACGCGCGGAUAGAAAGCGUUUAUCCAAAGCACUCAACGGUCUCCAAUUCUCGUUUUUCAUCAACAUAUAAAAGGCACUUCGCGUUCUUCCAUAAAAAAGAUUUCCAGGAAUGGAAUCUAUCCCAAAUCAGCUGCCGGCUGGAAGAGACGCCAGCUGUUCGCCGAACUCUAAACAGGACCUGCAGUCUUACACUGGCCCAACACUGAAGCCGAACCAAGUCAGUGAGACUUCUUUAUACGGAAUACCAAUCGUUUCACUAGUGAUAGACGGUCAGGAGAGACUUUGCCUAGCCCAAAUAUCCAACACUCUUUUGAAGAACUACAGCUAUAACGAAAUCCACAACCGACGUGUGGCCCUGGGCAUCACCUGUGUGCAGUGCACUCCGGUCCAGUUGGAAAUUCUCAGGCGCGCGGGGGCAAUGCCCAUUUCCUCGAGACGCUGCGGAAUGAUUACGAAGCGAGAGGCCGAGAGACUCUGCAAGUCGUUCAUCGGCGCGCACAGCCCCCCGAAAUUACCAGAAAAUUUCGCUUUUGAUGUGUCACAUGAAUGCGCGUGGGGCAGCCGGGGCAAUUUCAUCCCAGCAAGGUACAAUAGCUCAAGAGCGAAAUGCAUUAAAUGUUCCUUCUGCAACAUGUAUUUCUCUCCAAAUAAGUUCAUAUUUCACUCUCAUCGCACGCCGGAGUCCAAAUACACACAACCCGACGCUGCGAACUUCAACUCGUGGAGGAGACACUUAAAACUGAGCGAUAAAAACUCACCGGAUGACGUGGCCCAUGCUUGGGAAGACGUAAAAGCCAUGUUUAACGGUGGCAGCCGCAAGAGGACGCUGCCAGUCGGCAGGUCUGGUAGUUCAUCCCCGCUUCGUACACAAGGACCAGGAGGUCAGCACCAGGGGGAACCAUCUGAGGUGCCCCACAAAACUCUCCGUUGUGAGGAUGACAGGAGGGCCGUAACCAUGCCGAGUAGCAUCCGCAGUUACCCCGUCAUUCCAGUGCCCAGCAAAAGUUUUGGGAUGUUACAGAAAAUCCCACCACCACUCUUUCCACAUCCAUAUGGUUUUCCAGCGUUUGGAUUGUGCCAAAAGAAAGAUGACGGUGUGGUGAUGGGAGAGCCCAACAAAACAAACCUGUCAGGUGUGUUCUGGCCGAGCGCUAAGGACAGUGCAUAUCCCUCCUUUCCCAUGUUUUGGCCCACAACAGGCAGCCUGGCCAUGCCAACAUACCACCAUGCCCAACCUAAGCCUCCAUCUGACGUGUUAUGCAUCAGACAUAGUGAUCUAGACGUGUCUGAACAAAGUGACCGAAGCACGAGCACUCCCAAAGACAGUCUGCUUGAUAACGAACGCUGCUCCAGCACUCAGUCUGCCCGGAAUGAAGAGGAUAAAUCUGGAGACGAGAGUAGGUCAACAGAAGGGAUGCCAGCUACUGCGAGAAAAAUAAGCUACAUAUCAGCAUUCAGGCCAGUUGUUAAAGAUGUUGAGAGCAUCGCAAAACUAUAUGGCAACAGGGGUCCAUAUUCUGCUUCCCGAUCUGGCUAUCUGUCACCAGAUUUCUUGAGUGAAAGUUCUAGUUAUAGGUCAGUUUCUCCUGAUGUUGACAGCGUAGACGAUCCGGAUGUGGAUGUGGAGUCACAUAAGGUACACGAAGAUGACGAAUGUCUGCAGCUGUCUGUAGAUGACCGACGGAGUCCCGCCGGGUCGACUGUAGCGCAGAGUGAGGAGGUUAAAGUCCAAGAGCAAGAAAACAGCCAAAUACACACCAUGAGUGAUCUACAUACGGUUAAUUCAAGUGAAACGCGGCAGUCAGACUUGGAGAGCCACGGCCAGUCGUUUGAGAGCAAUAAACACACGACGCGCUUUGAAGUGUAUGCGCGUGAAAGAGACGAGCACGUGCAUCAAAUGAGCACCUCUUAUUUUGGAUCAACGACCACUUACCAACGCGACCCAAUGGAGACGAAUGUUAAAGACGUUCAUGAAGAAGAGCCUUCGUCGACAGUGGAGGAGAUGGAACCCAAAGCUCAUCAGGACCAAGCGAACGUCCCUGAGGAUCGCCUGAACGAACACAAUGAUGAUGAGGAAGCAAUGCGAAAAAACGCCGGCAGCAGGAUAUCCUUGAUUGAAAGAGACAUAGGGAACAUGGCCAAAGAGGAAUUGCAGAAACAACUUGUGGAACAAGUUGAGCUUAGAAAAAAAUUGGAGCGUGAGUUCCAGAAUCUAAAAGACAGUUUUCAAGACCAAAUGAAAAGGGAGCUCUCAUACAGGGAGGAAAUGGUGCAGCAACUCCAGAUUGUUCGAGACACUUUGUGCAGCGAGUUGGACCAUGAGAGAAAGACUCGUUAUGCUAUUCAGCAGAAGUUAAAAGAAGCUCACGACGCUUUACACCAUUUCUCGUGUAAGAUGCUGACACCUCGUCACUGCACUGGGACGUGCACCUUCAAGCCUCCUCUUUUACCACCUUGAUGGAUACCAAUUCAAGAUAAAUGUGUUCUUUAGAAAUACUGUUGUCAAAUAAAUCUUACUUUUUUUCUGUCAACACUGUCAACCUUUAGCCCUGAAAUAAGCAAGUGUGUACUGUAGUAUUUUAGCUCUUACACUGUAAUGAAGUCAUUUUCAUUUGCAAAAGAGUGUUUUCAGACUCACUGUAUGUACUGUAUAAUUUAUAUAAAGUUCUAGAAAAUUGCGUUAUUAAAAAAAAAAAAAAAAAAAGACUUUCCACUAAAAAAUAUUAUCAUCAGCUAGAAAUCACUGGUAUUAAGUGGCUAUGUGCAAUGCAUAUAUUUAUUAUGUAUCCUGUGAUACCUUUUUUGUUAGUGAUAUGUUAGGACAUUUUGUUUAAAUUAGAUGCUACUAUAAUUUAUGUUUUUGUAUUAUUUUAUUUAUUCCAUGUCCAUGUUGGUUGUUUAUUCUCACCUGCAACUUUGUAUAAUAUUGAUGUAAAGCACUUUAAAUUGGCAGCCCUAAUUACUCAAAUGUGGAUUAAAUGAUCUGGUUUGAGAGUCUGUCUUUAUUUUGUCUGCUUCUAUAACAAUGAACGAUCAGUAGCGGUUCUAGCUUGUAUGACGCCCUGGGCGAGGUAUGGCGCCGUCCCCUCGUGCCUUGUGCCACCCCCCAACAAGAUGCCCCCAUGGGCAACUGCCCAUGUCGCCCAUGCCUAAAUCCGCCACUGUGAAUGACAUUUGCUUCUGUGUAAUUCACAGCUGCAAUAUUCCCCAUGGAGAGGAUGCAGCCAGUGAAGUAUUGGGUGUUCUUGUGGUUGUUUCAUUGUACAGCAGAUGAGUGAGCUACUUUUAAGUGUUUACUGUUGUCAAAAAACAAUGUCACCUGGAUAGCAGGAUCUUAGUUUGAAUAUUCAUGCACAUAUUUAAAUAAAUAUGACUUUUUUUUUUUUUUUUUUGCAUUGUAUCAUUAUGACAGUUUUGAUUUGAUCAUUACAGAUAUCAAAGAGGUUUGGUAAAUGUACUCUGUAAUUGAGAGGAUUGCAAGUGAUUGCAACCACAAGCUGAAUCAUCUAUAAAUGCUCCUCUGAGUUUACUACAAGUUUAUUACUUAUUAUACAUAUUGAAGGGGUGGUUUUAUGAUGCCCACCCUUUUAUUGUGUCUUACCCUUUUAAUUUUAUUGUGUAUUACCUCCAUAUUGAUGAGUUGAAUAAAUGUACUAACAAAUGUCAUUAUUUUAUAAUCAAUAGUUAAACGGUCUUCUUAAUUAAGUGCAUUUAUUGGUGUCAUGAUUUAAAUCAUUUAUUAGUUUUACAAUUUAGUAUGUAUUUAUUAUUUGAGAGGUGACGGACGGUCUGGCCCAUGUCAAGAAGGUGUCUACAGUGUUUAAUUAUUUAGCCUGGCUUCCAUAAAGUAGAAAGGCACAUAGGUUGUACUUAAUUUAUUGAUCUUUAUAUGGUCAAAUUAAUCACGAAUGAAAGAGAGAGUUUUUAGUUUGUAUUCUAUUCUAUUCUAUUCUUUUUUUCUUCUUUUUUUUUUUUUUUGGCCUAUAUGCGAGUGUGUGUCUCUGUAUCUCCUCUACAUAAAGGUCAACUAUGCCACCAAGUGUCCACCAACAUAUAUACAUAACUCUUUUAGAUGUUACAGUUCCAUUAGUUGUCUUAUGUUAGAUGAUGGCAGUAGUCACAAGUUAAAGUUUAUAUCAACAUGAGUUUGCUCUGUUGUGCGUUGUUCUAUCUCCAUGUUUUGUUUCAGCUGGUUGAAGCCUGUGUUCUAUCUAGGUUCUGACAACACUAAACUUUGAAGAGGAGAGGAUACUACUCAUUUGUUCUCGCUUAUCUUCUUUUUUUUUUAAUUAUCAGAGAAUGUUUAUAGCUCUGGAUACAUGUGAAUAUAUUUUAGUUAGUGGGAGCCUCUUAACCAGUCAACUUCACAGAACAGGUACUUCAUGGACAUCACAAGAGAAGACCGCAACUCAGUUCUCUUAAAAACGAGUUAUGGCGAUAAUAAUGAAUGUUUUCUUUUAUUGCUGACUUCUGCCAUUGGAAGUGUUGAGGACAGUCUUCUUCAGUAAACUUCUUCUUCUAUUUCAACUGAUUGCACCUCCUGGUCUUCAUUGUCCAUACUGGUCUACUGGACCAAGCUGUCU